ACUGGCUGCUGCUGAAGUGGAGGCGCUGCUUCAGCUGGAAGAAGAAAUCAGUUAAUAGAAAACAGGAGGGGGCUCCGGAGAUGCCGCUCCCCCCCAGGACACUGCUCUGUCUGGGCAUGCUGCUGAUGACCGCUGGGGGGGUCAUGGUCCUGUGUCUGGGCCUGCCCCAGCAGUCGGGCCCUCUGUUUCUAGUCGGGCUGUUCAUGAGCCUGGGGGGCGUGGGCCUGCUGGUCAGUGGACUCUGCAUGGCCAUGAAGAAUCUCCAGGUGGCAGUGCCCGGACACUUCCUCCUGCACCCGCGCACAGGCACGCGCUUCAGCCCGCAGCAGGCCCUGGCUAUACAAAGGAGGUUGGACCGAAUUCGUCGGGAGAUGUCAGAGGACUCUGUCAGCAGGAUACCAGAUCCUGAACCCUCUCUCCCAUCCACCCCUCCACCCUGGACUAUGGAGCCGCCUCCAUCCUACGACACAGUGAUGAAGAGCCAGGAGCACAGCGAGCAGCUUUAACCUCUCAACUCUGGCGGACAUCUUAACU